CAGUGUUGCCAGUUCACAUGGUAGGCUCGACCCUGCUGAGUGCUCCUAUGUCGUUCCGUUGCCUGUCAACAAGCUCCCCUGCUAAGGACGCCGUCUUCCUCAGAGUCUUCAUGGAGAGCGCCGCAAUCACCAACGAAACGAUGGUUUUCCCAGCAAGGAGUGAAGUCGAAGUAGUGUACGACAACCAAUGUCAUCCAGAAAUGUUAACCAGCCCACUCCUAGUGCCCGUCUUCUCCAGCCCACACCCUGUGCCCACGCUGCCCAGCCCACUCUCCCCACCAGCCUCCGUAAACCAUCUACGUACCACCACGCUUCUCUCCUGUCCACAAGUGGAAUACGACACUUCUGUAUUUCAGGAGACAAUAAUAUCUGAGUUUAACUUAAUAUGCGAGAGGACGGCGCUGAGGCCGCUGUACCAGAUGCUCUACUCAGUCGGCGCUAUGAUCGGCGGGCCAAUUGGUGGGAUCUUCAGUGACAGGUACGGGCGGAGGCGAGCCAUCCAGGUGUCGAGCAUGGUGAACCUGGUGAGCGUGGUGGUGAUCGCGGCGUCUCCCUGGUACGCUGCCGUCCUCCUGGCCAGGCUCCUGCUGGGCCUCUCCACCAGCACCAUGCUCCUCCCAGCCUUCAGUCUCGCUCAAGAGGUGACUCCCCCACGACUGAGGACGGUGAUGGGGAUGGGUCUGGGGACGUCGUUCUCGCUGGCCUUCGUGGUGUUUGCAGGUUUUGGCUACCUCCUCAGGUCCUGGAGACUCAUCCUGCUCAGUGCCACCUCCUUACUCCUGCCCGUAAUCCCGCUCUCGUUCAUCAUGAAGGAGUCGCCCCGCUGGCUGGUGCAACACGGACGAGGCGCCGAGGCCGCCCACAUGCUCACCUCGGCUUUCCAACACAACCGCGCCACUCUCUCCCCCACACUUCUCGCCACCAUCCACAAACUUACAAAUCAGACUGAGAAUGAGAGGAAAGCAGCGGUGAGGGUUGGUGAGGACGCUGCGGUAGGGGUUGGUAGGGUAAGAGUGGGUCUCCAGCAGUGUUGGGGGUACCUGCACCUGCCCGGCAUGCGCACCAUCCUCCUGGUCACCCCGCUCGUCUGGCUCCUCCACAGCUUCCUCUACUUCGGCGUCAUUCUCAACGCCAAUAACUUUACCAGCAACAACCCGUUCUUAUACGUGGCGCUGUCGGGAGUGAUGGACGGCUCGGCCAUCCUGCUGACCAUUCCCUUGGCCACGCGUCUUGGCCGCCGUCAGCUCACCGGGGCGGCCUUCCUGCUGUCCGGGAUCCUCCUCAUCCUCGACCUCGCCGUCCCUACAGAGCUGGCCUGGAUCGAGUGGAUUCUAGUGAUGUUUGCUUUUUUCCUGGCGGCGGCAGCCUUACAGGUCAGUCCCUCAUUAUCUUGCCCCGGACUCAUCAACUUUUCACUCACAUGUCUCACUCGACCACCUCUCGCAUAUCUCUCGAUCACUCACAUUACAUUCACCUUUACCACGCUUUACUUCCUCCCUCACACCAUGGCUAGUGGGGAGGGAGCCACCAUGAUUGCAGUAACAUACCGAGAACUCUAA